AUGGUCUAUGUCGAUGACUUAGUCCUAACCGGCAACGACCUUAAUGAGAUUGAAUACAUUAAAAGACUGCUGGACCAGAAAUUCAAGAUUAAAGACCUGGGUGAUCUCAAAUACUUUCUGGGUAUGGAAGUGGCAAGAUCCUCAAAAGGAAUUCACUUGUGCCAGCGCAAAUAUGCAGUUGACAUUCUAAAGGAUCACGGUUUUUUGGAAUGCAAGCCUGCCAGCACACCCAUGGACUACACCUCUGCUUCUAAGUUGUCUCGGAACAGUGGUACAUCGCUUGAAGACAAAAUUCAUUACAGACAACUAGUUGGGAGGCUGCUCUAUCUAACCAACACCAGACCAAACAUAGCCUAUGCUAUGGGGAGGCUUAGCAAGUUCAUUGAUUGUCCCACCGAUGUUCACAUGCAAGCAGCUCAGAAGGUGUUAAGGUACUUGAAAGGAUGCCCAUCAGUUGGCCUUUUCUUUGCAGCAGACAAUGAUCUCAAAAUCACUGGUUUUUCAGAUGCGGAUUGGGCAACGUGUGCUGACUCUCGAAGAUCCAUCAUUGGCCACUGUUUUUAUCUUAGAAGAUCCUUAAUCAGUUGGAAAAGUAAGAAACAGAGCACCAUUGCUAGAUCAUCUUCAGAAGCGGAAUAUUGUGCGUUGGCUCUUGCAACUUGCCAAGCUCAAUGGCUAUCGUAUAUCAUGCGGGACUUGGGAAUGCCAGUCAUAGAACCUAUUACAUUGUUCUGUGAUAACAGAUCUGCCAUCCACAUUGCCACAAACCCUAUCUUUCAUGAGAGAACAAAGCAUAUAGAAGUAGACUGUCAUACCGCGCGCAACCAACACCUCUCUGGACUCACCCACUUAAUGCCAGUGUCCUCUUCGAACCAAUUAGCUGAUUUUCUCACAAAAGCUUUGGCACCUGGCCCCUUUGCAACUAAUAUUUUCAAACUAGGACUCUUAGAUAUUCAUAGCCCUAGUUUGAGGGAGGCUGUAACUUAA